AUGGAGGAGGAUCGUGUCUUCUCAUCUGUUCACUCAACAGUCUUCAAGGAAUCAGAAUCAUUAGAAGGAAAGUGCGAAAAAAUCGAAGGAUACGAUUUCAAUCAAGGAGUAAACUACCCUAAACUCCUCAGAUCCAUGCUCACCACAGGCUUCCAAGCCUCAAAUCUCGGCGAAGCUAUCGACGUCGUCAAUCAAAUGCUAGAGUGGAGACUCUCUGAUGAAACUACAGUACCUGAAGACUGUAACGAAGAGGAGAAGAACCAAACGUAUAGAGAGUCUGUCAAGUGUAAAAUCUUUCUUGGUUUCACUUCGAAUCUUGUUUCGUCUGGUGUUAGAGACACUAUUAGAUACCUUGUUCAGCAUCAUAUGGUUGAUGUUAUAGUCACGACAACAGGUGGUGUAGAGGAAGAUCUUAUUAAGUGUCUUGCACCUACUUUCAAAGGUGACUUCUCUUUACCUGGAGCUUAUCUUCGUUCAAAGGGAUUGAAUAGAAUCGGGAACUUGCUUGUUCCGAAUGAUAAUUACUGCAAGUUUGAGGAUUGGAUUAUUCCAAUCUUUGAUGAGAUGUUGAAGGAACAGAAAGAAGAGAAUGUGUUGUGGACACCUUCUAAACUGUUGGCCCGAUUGGGAAAAGAAAUAAAUAAUGAGAGUUCAUAUCUUUAUUGGGCAUACAAGAUGAAUAUUCCAGUGUUCUGUCCGGGGUUAACAGAUGGAUCUCUCGGUGAUAUGCUCUAUUUUCACUCCUUUCGUACCUCUGGUCUUGUCAUCGAUGUAGUUCAAGAUAUCAGAGCUAUGAACGGUGAAGCUGUCCAUGCAAAUCCAAGAAAGACAGGGAUGAUAAUCCUUGGAGGGGGCUUGCCGAAGCACCACAUAUGUAAUGCCAACAUGAUGCGUAACGGUGCGGAUUACGCUGUAUUCAUAAACACUGGGCAAGAGUUUGAUGGGAGUGACUCAGGUGCACGCCCUGAUGAAGCAGUGUCUUGGGGUAAAAUAAGAGGAUCUGCUAAAACCGUUAAGGUAUACUGUGAUGCCACCAUAGCCUUUCCUUUGUUGGUUGCAGAAACAUUUGCCUCCAAGAGAGAACAAAACCGUGAGCACAAGACCUAA